AUGUCAAAACCUUUGCGUGAAUACAAGCUCGUCAUUGUAGGAGGAGGCGGUGUCGGUAAAUCCGCUCUGACCAUCCAAUUCAUCCAGUCCCAAUUCGUUGAUGAGUACGACCCCACUAUCGAAGAUUCCUACCGAAAGCAAUGUGUGAUUGAUGGUGAAACGGCACUGUUGGAUGUAUUGGAUACGGCUGGCCAAGAAGAGUAUAGUGCAAUGCGUGAGCAGUAUAUGCGUAAUGGUGAAGGCUUCUUGUUGGUGUAUGCAAGCACAUCCCGUUUAUCUUUUGAGGAAAUCAGCACAUUCCAUCAACAAAUCAGUCGAGUCAAGGACCGUGAUUCUUUCCCUAUGGUGUUGGUAGCCAACAAGUGUGAUUUGGAGCAGGAACGACAAGUAUCAAGUCAAGAAGGUCGUGAUUUGGCUCGGCAAUUUGGUUGUCAAUUCCUCGAGACAUCUGCCAAACAACGUAUAGCUGUGGAUGAUGCGUUUUAUCAGGUGGUACGAGAAAUUCGUCGAUUCAACAAGGAACAGGAGUCGUCGGGCGGUGGCGGUGGUGGAAUGCACAACAUGGGCAUGCACGAUCCUACCGACGCUAACUCGGAUAAAUGCUGCAUCCUUAUGUAA